ACAAUGGCAAUUGGCAAAAAAAUUGUCGGUCAAGAAACACGUGAUUUACGUCAAAUGUAUCAUUAUUUCGAUUAUAAUGCAUGGUGCGAUGAAUUAAAUAAAAAUGAUGCAAAUAAAAAGAAAAAAGUAAAAUUAACAAAAAAAGAAUUAGAUGCAAUAAAAAGACGAAAAGAAGAAAAAAAACGGAAAUUUCGUAGUAAAUGGCUACUAGAUGAUUAA